AUGGAAACUCUAUUGUCGAGAUACAAUGGGGAAGAUAUGGUUGUCAUAGCAGCAAUAGCUCAUGGGAUUUGGACUCGCAAAAACCACGUAGUGCAUGGGGGGAAGUUUGCUCACCCGAAUUUUAUUGUAAAAGAAGCUGAGGAGUGGAUAAGUCCCCCUCCAGGCCGGUUAAAGGCCAAUUGGGAUGUGGCUCUCAAUGCUGAUGGCAAACGUGUUGCGACAGGGGUGAUUAUUAGGGAUGAUAAAGGGUUGGUAAUUGCUGCUCUUAGUCGUACUGUGGAAGCGUGUCUAGCGCCGGUCACAGCUAAAGCAAUGGGAAUGUUACAAGCAACUGAAUUUUGUCAGGACUUGAGAAUGUCGGAUAUAGUGUUGGAGGGAGAUUCACUACAAGGGGUUCAAGCUGUCAAUGCCAAAGGAGACCAAUGGCUUCAAUUUGGACAGAUUAUUGCAGAUAUUCAAGUGGUUCUUUCUCAGUUCCGAAGAUGUGAGGUCUUACAUGCAAAACGUGAAGCCAAUUUCGAUUUCGCAGCUCAUGGUUUAGCAAAAGUUGCGGCGCAAGAACCUACGGAGAAAAUAUGGAAGGAAGACAUUCAUUUAUGUAUUCUGAUGUAG